AUGGAAGGAUCCGACGAGCCAACAUCAGUAGGAGGCGAUGAUGGAUCAUUGGGCUCCCGGAUUGGCAUCCGCGAGUCCGAUCCGCCCUCUUCACUUCUGGCAGCAAGCGACUUGGGAAAUCCAGCCUCUGAGUCGAAUGCCAAAGCUAACUUCACUCAAAUGGCACAGGAAAAUGUGUCAGAUGUUCAGGAUGAAGAGGAAUCUCCUGGACCGCUCACGCUUCUCGAGCAGCUCCGAGCUAGGCGGCUGGCACGGGACAGUAAGAUGUGGGACGUAGAAGAUGCCGACGUAGAAGCUGCACAGUUGCCAGAAAUAGCAAUUCACAUGAGCCGAGGUUCUUCUGAUGCCUCCGACGACUCGUCAUCGGCUGUUUCUGCACUAGUUUGCCCAGUAAGGAGGGCGCCAAGCUCCAUCGAAUUCGAUAACAUUAGCUCUGUACCAUACCAUGCCCAGUAUCAGCGCGUGGUGGAGCAGGAAGAAGAUGCUGAAAUGGAACGACUUCUGCAGCAGUUAGAUGAGGAACAGCAGGCUAUGCGUGAUUUGGCGGUGGCCCAACGCUACCAGCUAAUGCAAGAGCAAAUUGCCAUGAUUCAGAAGCAACUUGGACGCGAAGAUGCCAAAAUUCCUGAUCUCGAGUGGCUUAUGGCCAAUGACCCAGAGAACAAUCAUGAGCUAGAUGAGGUCAUGGCAGCGUUCGCUGCGCGAGACGAUGACCUGCCCCAAGAGGCUCCAGAAGAACCGGAAGUGCCGCUUACAUGCAAGAACAUUUUUUGCCGAUGCCCGUGGAGGGGUGACAUGAAAAAAGAUGAGAAAGCCAUCCGGUGGGCCCUGAUAUUCUGCCCUCUGGGGAUGCCUCUGUUUAUCGGCGUAAUCAUGAGCUUGUGCUCCGUGAAAAGGAGACAGAGGGUGGUGAAAGUGGAGCUGAAAGGUCAGUAUGCAGACGUUGACACUUUCCCCUUGGCUAAUGUAAAGCUAAUGGCGUAUGAGCAUGACUUUGAUGCCAUUGCGAUUACACCACCUGGUCACGGAAAUACAACACAGGUGGAGGACGAGGGGGGAGGCUUCUGGAGUGCGUCAAAUUUCCUCAAACACGCGCUGGAGUCAUGCUUGGGUGUUUCUUUGGCUAGGACCGUUGUAGUGUCCCACAGCAACUUCGUUACUCGCAAGUAUUUUCUCCCCUUUCUUAUGUCCGACAUUGCCCUGGGUUUCGUUCUCUUUGACAGCUCUGUCGGUACGGAAUGGAUGGAUGAGUAUGACACAGACGUUAACGACCACAAAUUUUAUCAAGUCAGGACCAAAAACUUUCGAGUUUUUAAUGCGGGAAGUGAUUUAGACAGGAUAACGGGGAUCGUUCAGAACAUGGCUCCGCAGCAGGAAACUCCACGUGUGCUUUCCGCCACUUCACUCAAAGGUUAUUGCCGGGCAGACCCUGAAGGAGCUGACGAUGCUUUUCCAACUAAUAGCACUAUCGGUCCAUUCGACUUUUUUCCCGGGAAGUACAAGAUGCCUGGUUGGGACAAUGCAAGGAAGCGCCUUCGUGAGAUUCCUUUGGAUGCUCCGCCCGACGAAGGAAUGGACAGCCGACUAGUAAAUAGUCAAUAUUUCGAUCCAUUACGUACCGUUCUCGUUGAAUUCCUUGAGGAACUGAAGAGCCUGUCGCUCGAAGGAAAGCUGCAGGUAGAGCAGCCGCGCCCUCUUCGAUAUAACAACAGGCAGGCUGAGUACGACAAAUCGAGAGAGAACACUACGAUAAUCGACCCGAUGACGGUGUACUGCAUCCACGACUCAGAUGCUGCAGUACCGGCUACCCGUUCGGCUGCUCCAACUGAAACCCUUCCAGUGCGUCUAGUUGAUUCAGAGAAGUACUGGCUCCAGAAAAAGGUUCAGGCACUGCGCAGCACCUCAACCACCACGGCACCCCCUGCUUCGGCUGUGGAAAAGAUAACUUCGGCUAAAAAUAUGGCUUUCCGCCUUCCCUCGUUGGGUGCUAUACUUAGCAGGCCGGUGGUCUACGGAACCUCUUCAUCCGUAUCAAAGCCCGACCUCCCAGCCCCGGAUCUAGCCUUGCAGCUCAGUAGUGACCGAACGGAACUGUCGAUUAGUGCAGACCGAAUGGAAGAACCCAAUCGCCAAGCCUCAGUUGAGGCCGGGGAUGCAGCAAAUGGGCAGCUAGCUAGUGUAGAUGCAGCAAACGAAACACUGGAUAGUGGAGAUGUAGCUAACGAACAACAGCGCGACAUAGAGGGACAGCCCGAGGGACCGAAAAAGCUGAGUCCUCCACUUUCUGAGCAGCAGGCACCUCAAGAGGGGCUACACCCACAGCAUCCUUUGCCUACUAGUGGGCAUGCCCAAGACGCAGUCAUAUGCGUCAACCGUGGAGAUGUUUCUGAGGAGAUUAGUGAUGCAGGGCUCACAACUGCUCGUGCCGAAGAGCUUCUUGCGGUCUUCGGGCCAAAUGCGGUCAAGCCCAAACAGGUGAAGCACUACGAAGUUAUUCGAGUCCCAGCAAAGCCCAUUCCCGAGUGGCAGAAGGUCCUGCAGCGCUACUUGCGCGUGACACCAAUCUUGCUAUUGGUAGCUUCACUUUUGUCGGUUUGUGUCGAAGUUGAAGGAAGUAGAGAUUGGUUGUCGUUUGCCUUGCUCCUAUUCCUUUGUAACGUGAUGGUUUGGGCAGAUUACCUGGGUGAAAGAUCAGCAUCUGAUGCAAUCAGCGCCGUUGAGAAGCUAGCUGCCGUGGAAUGCAACGCCAAGCGUGACGGAUUGUAUGUUCCUGUCAAUGUUGUUGACUUGGUGCCAGGCGACGUCGUUUGGCUUAAGGCAGGGAUGGUAGUUCCGGCAGACGGCGUUUUCAUCCCUCACCAAAAGUUCAUUUGCGUGGAUGAAUCUGCACUUACUGGAGAAUCACUGCCGAUCAAGAAAUACAGAGGCUCCGAACUGCUUAGUGGCUCUGUCGUGCAACGCGGAGAAGGGGCGAUGCUAAUCCAAAGAACAGGGGUUGAGUCGUUCUACGGCAAAACUAUCGCGCUUCUUGCUCGCGCAGAAUCAAAAGGUCAUUUGCGCACAAUUCUCGAUGCUGCUGCAAAGGUGCUGACAUGGACGGCUGUGGGCUUUGCCGUGUUUCUGAUCCUGUGGGAGAGAUUCCACCCAGUGUGGAUAGAGAGCAGCAACGGCAACGUUAACGUCGGCAUACUCUUCAAACGCGCAUUCACCUUGAUAGCUGCUGUUAUUCCUGCCGCCAUGCCCGUUGUCACCACAACGGUACUCGCUGUUGGGGCAGUAGCCAUGAGCAAAGAACACGCGGUUGUAUCGAGGCUCUCCGCCAUAGAGGAAGCCGCUGGGGUUGAAAUUCUGUGCACAGACAAGACUGGAACACUCACUCUCAACGUGUUAAGCUUGUUUCACGACGAGAUUUGUGCAGAGACCGGCUUCACCGCCGAUCAGGUACUGGUCUAUGCCUCCCUUGCAGCAACUACAACAGAUCCCGACGCUCUUGACAGUGCCAUCAACGCUGCUGUAGAUAUGGAGGAGCGCCAGAAGUUUGAAGUGCUGGAUUAUACACCAUUCAACCCGGUGGACAAGCGUGCUGACAGCAUAGUGCGUUCGAAAAAUGGUGAAGUCAUAUUGGUAACAAAAGGCGCUCCUCAUGUCAUCAGCGAACUGGUCUGUGCAGCAGAUGACACAGCAACCCAGCAACGCCUCAAAGCAGUAAUUGAGGAAAAAGCCAGAAGAGGACUGCGUACGCUGGGUGUCGCUAUUAAGCCACUUGAUGACAAUGCUAUCACGAAACUUGACGAGGCGUCAGAAACUUGCAGCAGAAUUACAUGGAAGUUGGUCGGCUUUCUGAGUCUCUUAGAUCCGCCAAGACCUGACACCAAGGAUACACUAGAGCGCUCGAAAGGCAUGGGAGUCAGCGUAAAGAUGCUCACGGGAGACCAGCAGGCGAUUGCGGCAGAAACGGCCAGGCUGCUAGGUCUCGGAGACAAUAUAUCUGGGCCUGAGAUAUUCAGGUCAAGACCAAAAGGCCUCGAAAGCGACAUAGCGUUUCGCGAGUAUAUUAGCACUGUAGAUGGCUUUUCCGGAGUGUAUCCAGAACAUAAGUUCGAAAUCGUUGACAACCUUCAGCAAGGGGGCUGUCUAGUGGCCAUGACAGGUGAUGGAGUCAAUGACGCCCCUGCGCUGAAGCGAGCAACUGUAGGGAUAGCGGUCAGUGGUGCAACGGAAGCCGCGCGCGCUGCUGCCGACAUCAUUCUGCUGGAGCCGGGUUUAUCCAGCAUCAUUACAGUCUUCAGCCUGUCAAGGCAAAUCUUUAAGCGCAUCGAGGCCUAUAUAACCUUUCGUAUCCACGGCAGUUUUAUGACCCUGUUGUUCUGGUGGGGUUGCGUCGUGAUUUUUGACUAUGAGUAUCCUACGUGGGUGCUUGUUCUUGUUGCAAUCAUCAAUGAUUUCGUGCUUAUGAGCUGCUCCCGAGAUAACGUUCCAUCAUCCAGCAAACCGCUUAUCUGGUCAAUGCUUCAGGUUUCGACGAUCGCACUGCUGACGGCAACGCUCAUGGCUGUGUGUAUGUUGCUAUACAUAUUCCUGUCCGACCCAAAGUACGGCGUGAAUUGGUGGGAUGCCUUUGGCCUGGAAAGGUUCGAAUCUGGCGAUCUUGUUACAUUAGGUAAAAUGCCAGAGAGCUUUCAAACCGCCUCUGGAGUGUGGCUUUUAUUUACUCUAUGCAUCCAAAUCAGUUUCCACAGCUGUCGGACCCAUCACUUUGCGUUAAUAUACGGCCCUGAAAACCGCGCUCCAUCCAUAAUUGUCCUAAUACCGCAAAUAUUCGCGGUCCUCUUAACACUGUUCCUUUCGGUGUAUUGGAAGUACGAGUGGAUGAUUUCUUCGGGGCCAAGAAUGGUCGGCAUUUCAUGGGGGCACGCAGGAAUUACGAUUUUGUGGGGUCUAGUAUGGUUCGUGUUCAUCGAUGCAUGCAAAGUUACUUACUGUCAAUGCGUCUGGCCACAUCUCGCCAAAUUAGAAGCUGCAUGGAAGCGUCGAUUUAGAAAAGUAACUCUCGAAGAACAACAGUUAAGAGGGAAGGUGCGGCUAGCAGUGAAAACUAUGGAAGAACAGCGGAAGAAGAGUUCCCAAGCGUGGCGACGGCAGAGGCAAGCCGUUUUGGAAUCUGUGGGUCGCCAAAGAGCAAAGAGUAAGGGCAAACCAAAUCAAACAACAACAAAUCGAGGCGUCAGUUCUUCCAGGUCUCAAAAGCUGCCGACGAAUCGAAGAGUUCAGAGACGCACUCAAGUAGGGGGGCGCCCGUUCAAAAGGCAGGGGGUCGACCAAAAGCAGAAAAGCAGCAGUCAAUAA